AUGGGGACGUAUGGGGACAUUGGGGACACAGGGGAGUGUGGGGACAGGGGAGGCCCAUUGGGGACAAGGAGGCACAGCCGUGUGGGGCGUGGGGACAGCACUGGUGCCCUGUCCCAGUUGGGGACACGUGUCCCCGUGGUGCUGGCGCUGCCCCACACCCCCUCCCUCGGGGGCUAUAAGAGCGCGCCGUGCCCGGCCCUGCCCGCCCCGCCAUGGCACUGCCACCGCUGCGAGCACUGCUCCUCAUCCUGCUCUGUGCCACCGCAGAAGCCCUCCGCCAUCUGCGCCCGCCUGGAGCUGUGCCCUGAGCAGCCGGGGGGGGUCCCGGCCGUGCCCCCCCACAUCGGUGCCCAUCUGCAGGACGAGGCGCUGCCGGUGCCGCUGCCGCUGUGCUGGCUGUGCCGCACCUUCCUGUCCCGCGCCGAGGCCGCCGUCCCCAAGGAGGCGGUGGCGACGGCGGUGGCGCAGCUGUGCCGGGCGCUGCCGGUGGUGGCGGCGGGCGCGUGCCAGUGCCUGGCGGAGCGCUACACCGUGCUGGUGCUGGAGACGGUGCUGGGCCGGCUGGCACCGCGCCUGGUGUGCCGCCUGCUGCUGUCCUGCGGCCCCGAGGAGGACGGCGCUGCCCCCGCGUCACCCCCAGGGGACCCCGGUGACACCGAGCGCGUUCCGCUGCGUGCUGCCGGGCACAGGGACCCUGCUCUGUGGCAGGUGCUCAGCCAGCUGUCCCCAAACCUCGGGCUGUCCCCAAACCCUGAGCUGCCCCCAAAGUCUGGACCCUGCGCCCUGGGCCCGGCCUACUGGUGCUCCAGCGCUGAGACUGCCCGGCGCUGCGAGGUGAGCAGGGGGGAGGUGACAAGGGACACGGGGAGGUGGGGUGACACGUCACCAACCCCUGCCCCUCGCUACCAGGCUGUGCCGUACUGCCGGGACCACGCCGGGCUGUAGGGGAUGGGAGGAGCCACCGUGUCCCCCAAAUAAAGCUUGGAAGCCAGCAGCAUG